UAGCGCAGUCUUCGGGAAGUCGAACGCCCGAUAGAGCUCUGUCAUAAUUCCCCGGGCGAUUGACGAUGGCGAGCAAGCCCUCUCCCUCCAAGACCCCUAAGAAAGCAAAUCUCAACGAUCCUCACGCCAUCAAGCACGUCCUCGACGAGACCGUCACGGAGAUCGUGACGAGCCAAGGGUAUGCGGAGGAUGUGCGGUUGAGUAACAUCAAGCUGUUAAUCGGCGUAAUCAUCAUAGCCAUUGCGCUGGCUGCACAGUUCUAUCCUAAGAAAUUCCCGGCCAAUCGGGAUUUUCUCAUUGUUUGCAUCAUAUUGUAUGUGAUCUUCAACGGUCUGUUGCAGUUGAUCAUUUACACCAAGGAGAAGAAUGCGAUACUUUUUACAUAUCCCCCGACCGGAUCUUUCAACAGCACCGGUUUAGUGGUCUCCUCCAAGCUGCCAAGAUUUUCUGAUACAUACACUCUGACAGUAGCCAGUUCAGAUCCAAAGUCUGUCUCUGCUCAUGCAUCUGUUCAGCUCGCCAAGAGUGUCGCCGAAUGGUUCACUAGAGAUGGGGUUUUAGUUGAGGGCUACUUCUGGAAAGAUGUGGUGGAUCUGAUUAAUGACUAUGCAAAGAAUGGUCGAAAGACCAAGUAAUUUGAAGCUCACCGAGGAGACCUCUCUGUAUCACAUUGGUCGUUUCAUUUGCAUGAGUUUGAAAACAAUGACAGCUGCAUGGAACCUUUUAAAUAUGGAAUCACAUGUUGCUGGGAAGAGAAGAGAACCAAGUCCUGGGGAUCCAUACUUUUUUUUUGGAUGUAGAUUGUGAGAUAGUGUGGGCUUUAAAGCUGACCAACUAUUAUUUUUUGGAUGUAGAUUGUGAGGUAGUAGCUGACAAAACUAUAUUUUCCUUA